UAAUUGUCUAUUGAAGUUAGAAACACAACCCAUGCGAAACUGAACACAAAGGUCGAGUGGAGAUCAUAUUACACUAUGAAACAACCGGGUGCAUCAUGUCACUGUGACAUCACUUAUCCCUCGCAGCUCACAAUUCAUCAUUCUCGGAGAAUGCUUGCUUCGUGGACUUAUAAAUAGAACGAAAAGUAGGUAUCGGAUAAUCGUGAUCACAUGACGUGCCGCCCCCUUUCCACAAGAUUCAUUCCUUCAUCGUUCUGCGGAGUGAGGAGAGCUGUUACAUAUACAACUACAUCGGCCCGUGCGUCAGUCUUACAGGUAUGAGCAAUACAGUGUUUUACCACUACACGGAUGAGGAUGGGAAAAACGCUACAGAGCAGAGUUUGUGUAUCAAGAGAAGUGGCUCUACACCCAAGAGUGGCGAUGCCCGCUUCGGCGAAGGAGUGUAUGGGACGACCAUGGACCCAGACCUCUUCUCAAAAUACGAGGUGGCCAAGAACAACUACGACACCCGUCCCGGAUACUGGGAGAUGCUGAUGGAUAUCGGGAGGGUAGAUUAUGCAAUCAAGAUCCUCCUCCCGACAUCGAGUUUGAGGCUUGUGAAACACGAAACACGUGACAUACUCAUCCAUAAAGGGGACAUCGAUCUUCGCAAGUACAGAUUUACGGUUAUUAAAGUAGAGGACGAGGACAGCGAGGACAGCGAGGACAGCGAGGACAGCGACUGACUCCCGUAAUAACGCUUCCAUUCGCUGUCGAAGAAUGUCAUAAAUCUGUUGUCUGAAUCUUUAACAUUUAAUGAAUAGGUUUCAAUUUGUAAAAGAAGAGAUCUCUGUUGUUGUUUUCAAAUAUUAGACUGUAUAGUAAAUAAAGUGACUAAACCCA